AUGACACGUCCUCCCAAGCCCCGACCCGGCAUCGGGCCUCUCUCAGGCGCCGCCGCCGCUGCUCCCGGGACAGCCUCCGGCUCUCGCAGAACCUCCUCAUCCGCCUCCUUCCACGCCGGGGCCCCGAUCCCGACCCUCAACACCUUCCGCCGCCUCUCCUCGUCCUCCUCGGUCGUCUCUCCCUCGGCACACCGCUACCAGACCUUUGCCGCCCCCAAGCUCGUUGUCGAACCCGCCAUUCCCUCAUCCCGCGCAUCCCCCGAGUCGUCUCGCCCCCCGUCAGCCUCGUCCAUCUCCUCUGCUGCGUCGUCAUCAUCCCCCUCCUCCCAAGAUAGCAGAAGGCGCCACGAGACGCCUCUGCCCGUGCGCCAGCUCCUCCUCCUCGCCUUUCUCUCCCUCUCCGAGCAGACGGCACUCAACUCCAUCUCCCCCUACCUCCCCGAGAUGGUCGUCUCCAUGCCCGGCAUCCCGCGAGACGACGUCGGCCUCUACGUGGGCAUCCUCGCUUCAGCCUUUGCUCUGGCCCAGCUGUCCACAAACUUCCUCUGGGGCUACGCCUCGGACCUCGUCGGCCGCAAGCCCGUCCUGCUCGCCGGCACCGCCUUCCUCAUGGCCUGCUUCUGCGUCUUCGGCUUUUGCCGCCAGUACUGGCAGGUCGUCGUCGUCCACGUCGCCAUGGGCCUGCUCAACGGCAACGCCGCCUGCGUCCCCACCGUCCUCGGCGAAGUCACCGACCGCUCCAACCAGAGCAAGGCCUUCACCUACCUGCCCGUCAUUUACUCGCUCGGCAGCAUCACGGGGCCUGCCCUCGGCGGCAUCCUCGUCGGCAAGGUCUGGGGCGAUGCCUUUCCCUUCCUCGGUCCCAACGUCCUUGGCGCCGCUAUGCUGGCGGCGAGCGUCGUCGUCGUCGGCAUCUGGUUCGAAGAGACCCUCGAAGAUGGUGAUCCCGCCGACGGCCCUUGGCGACCGCAGUGGGUUACCGCCCUCACCUCUUGGUUCCGCCGGCCUGCAACGCGCCCGUCCCUAAACCGGAACUCAUGGAGCUCCCGGUGGCCCACCAACAGCCGCCAGCCGCUUCUGCACGCCACGUCCCCGCCCCUGUCCGACGAUGAGGAAGCAGACGAGGACGAGACCGAGGUUGCCUCUGGUAGCCUGGACUCGGUCGCCAAGCACCAGUCCCCCUCGUCCUCCUCCCCUGGCACACUGACUGCCGACGCGGUCAACAAAGACGGCAAUGGACAGCCCUGGCGCGACCUCCUGAACCGCACAACCCUUACCCUUCUCAUCACCUACCUCGUCUUUCAGCUUUCCAACAUCUCCUACAACUCGCUCUACCCCAUCUUUGCCUCCUCCCAGCCUCCCACAGGCCGCGGUCUAUCCCCCACCCUGAUCGGGCUCAGCCUCAGCCUAGCGGGCGUUGCCACCAUUGUCUUCCAAGCCUUCCUGUACCAGCCGCUCAAGUCUCGCAUCGGCAGUCUCGGCGCGUACAGGCUGUCUCUGUGGGGCAUCGCCCUGAGCAUGGUUCUCAUGCCCUGGGUCGGAUACACGGAUGACGAGCCGCUCUUUGGGGUCGGCAGCGCUCGGGGGUGGCUGUACGCCGAGCUCGGUGUCGUGCUCAUUCUGAAGAACAUUUGCGCCGUCGGCGGCCUGUCGAGCGUGAUGCUCCUUAUCACCAACUCGGCCCCGUCGCAUGCCAGCCUCGGCACGCUCAACGGCGUGGCGCAGACGCUCUCGGCUCUCGGCCGCAGCAUCGGCCCCUUUGUCAGCGGCGGCCUCUUCACCCUGUCGACGGGCGUCCGGCCCAAGGGUGAGGCUCUCGCGUGGAGUAUUUUUGGCGGGCUCGCGCUCGUCGGUGCUGUCGGCGCCCUCUUCAUCCGCGGCGAGGGGCUCGAGAGCGAAGACUGGGACAGCGAGGACGAGGGGGAGGAAGGGGACGAGGGCCACGAGUCACGCAACGACCAUCGGGGACGACAAAACGACGACAGUGUAUAG